UUUACUAGUUUACAAUUUCAAACGACUACUCUUUGUUUAUAAUGUAGUAGGCAUUUAUUCGUAUAUUUUUAGUGUAAAUAUUAUGCAUUAAAGAAAUUGCUUGUGAUGUAAAGUUUUGCGACAAUUUUAUCCAUGUAUACAUACGGACAAUUGAAAUAUUUCAUAAUGGAAAUGGUUGGUUGAUGAAUAAAAAGUGUAUUGAAAAUAUAUUAAGAUGCAAAGUCGUAAACAAAUUUAAUUAAAAUGCUGAUUUACGACGUGUUACACAAAGAAAAAGUUUACCAAAUAAUUUCGGAUAAUCUACGAAAUCUCGGGGUUAAGUAUCGAAUAAAAAAAUGUGCCGUGAAAACAGAAAAGCCAGAAAGAAAUGCAAGUGCCUUGAAAAAAGUAUUUAAUACGCAUCUUUCGUAUUUACCUUUGGACGUCGUCAACUUAUCUUCAGGAGCAAUUAUUCAUGUCCCUGUCUUUGUUAGUCAAGCUACAACAUGUAUUUUAAAAAAUAUUACUCAAGAAGGUUUAUUCAGAAAAGCUGGCUCACAGCUUAGACAAAAGGAAAUUAUAGCAAGACUUGACAACGGAGGCCAACUUGGAGAUAAAAAUAAUAUUAUUGAUGUAGGGAAUUGCCUAAAAACAUUUUUCAGAAAUUUACCAGAACCUUUGAUACCUUAUAUUUAUCAUGAUCUCUUUGUACGAUGUCAAAUGCUUAAAACAAAUAAAUUAUAUGCAUUGCUGUUGGCAUGCAUUUUAUUACCACCACAUCACUUGAAUACUUUGGCAUACCUCAUGGAAUUUUUAAAAGCAGUCUCAACACAUGAGCAGCAAAAUAAAAUGGGUAUUGAUAACUUGGCUAGAGUUUUUGGACCAAACAUAAUGCCCCUGCAAGAAACUACAAUGGUUGCUGUUCAAAUGAGAUUAGAUGCUCAUUUGAAUAUUGUCAAACUUUUGAUUGAGAAUGCUGAGAAAAUUGGAGUUCUUCCACAUGAUAUUUCCGAAGCUAUUUCUACAGGAAGCAUUGACAAUGAACUUGAUCAAUCUGAUCCAUCACACUCAUUCAAAAACAAAAAAAAAAAGCAUCGCAGUGGUAGUCUUACAAGAAUGUUAACUGGGUUAAAGAAAAUAGUUGGCAAAAACAGUUCUCCUAAUGGAAUGGAUGCAACAGAAAGUCGUUUACUGGAUAUUGAUUCAAAUCAGUCACUUGUUACGCCAUCUUUGAAAGCAGGAAAGAAAAGAAAAGUUACUGAUUCAAUGGACUUAUUAGAGAUAAAAAGAAACACCAAUAUUUUUGAAGUUAUGCCUACUAGUGAUUCUUUUGGUCAUACAUAUCUUUUUUUAUCCCCGGUUUCUAAUAAUCCAAAUCCUGCUAAAGAUAGAAGUCCUACUCAAAAAUCUGGAGUACAAAAAUAUUUAUCUCAUAAAGUUCAUUCUGAAACGAGAGUUUGCGAUAAAGUUGAUAGAUCGAAGAAGCAUAGACUCAGUUUAGACCGGUUUGUUCCAAGAAGUAAACCAAAAAUCAGCGAGAAAGGUAUCGAAUUGCGCAAAAAAUCAUUCAGUCCUUGCGCUGAAAGGCGAUUGAGUAACGGAAAUAAUUCAUCGGAUGUGAAAAAACGACGUCGAUCUCAAAGUAUCAGUUUAGCAUUUACCCCACCUCAAGUUAAAAUGCGUAAUUCAGUCGUAAACCAGGCUUUGAAUGAAAUUUUUAUGGAUGCUGAAGUAAAUCUAUCUGAUGAUUGCGGUGAUUGUACCUCGCAAAAUCCAACAAACAGCAAAACCAAUCCCCGAUGCAAACACGUUAGUUGUGUUAGAAAAUCAACUCAUUCAUACUCAUUACGAAAUUCUUCGUCUCCGAAUGUAUCUAGCACUACGUGCGACACUGCGGAUGCCUCAUCGGAGGAGUACGUAAAAAUACCAAAAAGCGAAUAUGAAGAAAUAAAAAAUAGAGUAUCGGCGAUAGAAUCACGAAUUUCUCAAGAAUUCAAGAGCAUAAACAAUGAAUCAAACGAAGUAUUGACUGUGAAUCCAAUAAUGAAAGUACAAAAUGAAUAUGAAAAAACGUUGGUAGAAGCGAAUAUCGAGAAUACUUCUAAUACAGAUCAAUUAGCCAAAAGACUUAGUAGAGAACUGAAAAUACGAAAAUCAAUGGAGCAUAAAGUGAUAAGAUCACCAAGCGCGCGAAAAAUUGGAAGCAUCAGGCGAAGAUCUCAAGAAAAUCUUAUUUGCAAUAAAAAAGUACAGCGUACUGCAUCUUGGCACGUUGCUGAUAGGUCACACAUUAGAAACAACAACUUGAAUAAUUGCUACCCAAAGCAAUGUAAUUUAAAACGUGGCCGUCCUCUGGUUAAACGUGACUCGAACAAGAGUCUCAAUUUAACUCCAAAAACUCCGGAAGUUAAACAUCCAACAACGUUUUGCAGUGAGGAGACAAACGCGCGUCUGAAAUAUUUACAAGAACAGCUUAAUACUCUUAUCAGUCAUACAGCUGAACAUACGCGAGGUACAUUCAGCGAUGAUGACUUUGAGUCGCUUGAGGAUGAUGUUUUUCAAAAUAAUGAAUCGCCACUUAUCAGUGCAAAGUUAAUAGCCAAUACGAUGGUUCGUCGAGCAUCCUCUUUUCAUAUGGGCGAAUUUAUCGACAACUCUCAGUAUUUCAAUAAAAAAAUAAAGGAAUUAAAAGAAAGCAAUAGUCAAACAAAUUUGACAUCCGACAUGGAGUGUACCAGCAGUAGAAUAAAGUCUGUAGAGCUGAAGAAUGAGAAGACGGUUUCGUGGAAAGAUGCCGAUGAUUAUUUUCAGCAAGAAACGAAGAUGCGUACACCUGUGACCCAAACAGGCCGGGCAUCUGUGGCUAAAUUGCGAACCCAAAAUGCUGGUAUGGUGUUAGCCAAAGCAAAACUUUUCGACGAUCCAACGAAAGAGGCAGUUGAUACGAAUCGACGUCAGUCUAUGAAAGUUCCAGGGAGUGCACGUCCUUCAAUGAAACAAGAUCCCAGGUCUCCACGUGACAACAAAAGGUUGAAUAAUAAUGAUAUCGGACGCAGAAGACAAAAUAUGGUACGCCGAUCGCCAAAUGUAUCACCUUUGAUAAAAAUGGAAGUAACGAUAAGUAAUAGCGGUAACCGUCAAUCGACGCGUUUCAACGCUCCACGAAAAAGUUACGAAGAAAUCAGCAGUUUACAAAAAGAGAACCAACUCAUACAGAGUGUGACGAGUAACGACAAUUCCAUGACUAAUCGAUCAUAUGACAAUGUGAAUAUCUAUAAACCUGACGAGAGUACGAUGUGCAAGACUCCGCAUAUCAAGAGACCGUUGGUCGUGAAAACUCCGAAAAGUGCAAAGCAGCUUUCAUCCAGGCGUGCAUCGAUGCAUCCGCGACGGACUCCGCUCAAGGCUGUAAUGCCUAUCACUCCAAAGAGACAAAGUCCCCGCAUUGUUUUGAAGACGACCCAACUUACGCGGCAUAUGACUUGAUGAGGAAAACAAAUUUUUACAAAGACCACCUUGUUUAUAGGAGUCCUCAAAAGUCAUUUACAUAGAGUCAGUUUAAUUUGUAUUCAAUUAUUUUUUAACGAAAUAGGAGAUAAAAGUCGUGUUAUCGAUAUUAUCAACUUUUAUAUCUACAUCAUGAUGUGCAGAACAUUAAUAUACUAUUGUGUACUUUUUACG